CAGCAGCGCUCUCUGAUUGGUCAACAGGUCAUGGCGCCAAAACAGCAAGGAGGAAGAGUUGUAACACAACAGACGAGAUCUCUGCUCAAUAUUUCAGUUAAUAUAUUGGGUAUACAGCUGCUUUCAACCUCAUUUGGGUACAAAAUGGACACCCUUUCAUAUUUACCUGUACAACCUGGGGUGGGGAUGGAGGAAAAUUUCCUGUCUCUCGACGAUAUUUUGCUCUCUCAUGAGAGACUUCCUAUCCGGACAGAGUGCAGCUUUCCCCGGCUGGGAUUUCUGGAGAAGUCGAGUGACACGAAGGACAUAACGGAGGGUACAAAGAUGGAGCUUCCUUUGUGGCUGUCCAAGGGUCUGUACGAGAAGAAGAGGAGAGUAUUGUCAGUCGAGCUUCCGAAGAUCUACAAAGAGGGCUGGAGGACUGUGUUCAACGCCGACCCCAACGUGGUGGAUCUGCAUAAGAUGGGGCCCUACUACUAUGGCCUUGGAUCCCAGAUGCUGCACUUUGACAGCCCAGAGAACCCAGAGAUCGCACAGACGCUCCUGCAGACGUUCAUCGGCCGCUUCAGACGGAACAUGGACUCUUCCCAGAAUGCCUACAACGAGGACACUUCUGCGCUAGUGGAGCGUCUGGACUGUCUGGAGAAGGCUCUCUUCACGUCCGGGCAGAGCGGCCUCAACAGCUUCCAGAGCUGGGAGAAGGGCCAGGCCUCGCAGCUCACCGCCUCCAGUCUCGUUCUCAACUACCGCAAGAGGAAGAUCAACGAUUUACAGCCCUGAGCUCGGCCUGCAGUGCAAAGAUCUAGACGCUGGUCAGAACUUAGUCAGUACUUCAGAACACAGUGGCAGCACUGACCUCUCCCUCUGUGGUGGGACCACGACCCUGUGUAGAGAAUACAUUUUUAUUUAUGUUGUCACAUUAAAAGAGUUUCACGUGUUUCAUGA